AUGAAGUACCUGAAGCCCUGGUGGUCGGACGGCGGGGGCCUCCUGCACCUGAUCGUCCUUCUGAGCUUGGCGGAGUUGCGAGUGGACCUGGACCUGCUGCUCCCGUCGCCAGCUCUGCUCCGGGAUGAUCUGCCCCUGGGCUGCCCGGCGAGCUCCGCCUACGCGCUCGGUCCCUUCUCGACCUCCAGAGGCUGGGGGGGCUCGGGCCAGCUGCACCCCAAGGCCCGAGAGUCAGACCCCACGGCGCUGCUUGAGGGCCACCUGCUCAGGGAGGUGUGCGCGCUUGGGGUCCCUUUCAUACCCCGUACCCGAGUGGAUGCGUGGCUAGUACACAGCGUGGCAGCCGGGGACGCCGACGGGGCGCACGGGCUCCUCGGCGCUGCUGCCGCCGCCUCGUCGGCAGGAGUUGGCGCCAGUGUGGACGACGGCAGCCAGGCGGCCCCAGGGGGCGGCGGGGACCCGCGUGAGGCUCUCACUGACCCCUUGAUCGCUGGGGACGAAGAGAAGGCACCAGCAGAACCGACGGCUGAAGUACCAGACGCUGGGGGACGCGCGAGCGAGGAAAUUUCAGUACUGACAGAGAGGCGGGAAGCUGUGGGGUACAGUUCCCAGCAUGAACAAGAUGAGCAAAGGGUGUCCAUUCAGGAGGAUUUGUUACAGAGGACCAAUGAAGAUGAAAAGAACAUAGAUAAACCAGAGGCAGAAAAGGCUCCUGAAUCUAGACAUGAGAGGCAUCUAAAUGGGACAGACACAUCUUUUUGUCUUGAAGAGUUAUUUCAGUUGCUUUCAUCACAGCCUGAAAAUUUACUAGAGAGCAUCUCCCUGGGGGCUACUCCUUUUAUUCCUAGCGGUAGCAGUGAUGGCAUGAACUCAUCACAUAAUGUAAACUUUAGCCAGGCUAUCAGCCAAGAUGUAUGUCUUCAUGAGGCCAUGCUGCUGUGUCCCAACGAUUCCUGUAGAGAUCCUCCAGCAAGGACUUCACAGCCACAAGAACCGUUACUGCAAUUAAAUUCUUGCACCACCAAUUCUGAGCAGACACUUAUUGGAACUAAUUUGACAGUCCUUCCACCUGUUGACAGUCAGCUGCAGAACCUAACCAGCCAAGACCUUCUAUAUGACCUUGAUGAAAAUCUAUUUGAUGAAAUAAAUUUAAUGUCUCUGGCCAUGGAAGAAGGGUUUGAUCCAGUACAAGUUUCUCAGCUUUUUGAAGAACCAGAUUCUGAUUCUGGGCUUUCCUUAAAUUCAAGUCACUGUAGCACUUUUGUCACCAGAUCGAAUUCCUCUCACUCAGGGUAUGAUCAAGGGGCUAUAGGUUUUAUUAGUGACGUUGACUCUUUUUCUCCUUAUGAUGUAGGAGGAGCUGUAGGUGGCUUCUCCCCAGAGCCCAUCUGUCAUAUGGACCACAUACUUGAGUCUGGCUUUCACAAGGAAGUUGCAUUUCAACAUGUAUUUCAUAAUCAUACUUACCAUUUGCAGCCAACUGGAGCAGAACCUACUGAAUCUUUGUCAUGGCCUGGAAAGUCACAGAAAAUAAGCAAGUACCUCAGUAACACUGAUGGAAACUUAAGCCGUGAUGAACGGCGUGCUAAAGCUCUGCGUAUUCCUUUCUCUGUAGAUGAUAUUGUCCAAAUGCCUGUUGAUGCCUUCAAUAGCAUGCUAAGUAGAUACUAUCUGACAGACUUACAGAUAUCACUUAUUCGUGAUAUCAGACGAAGGGGAAAAAAUAAAGUUGCUGCUCAGAACUGCCGUAAACGCAAAUUAGACGUAAUUUUGAAUUUAGAAGAUGAUGUAUGCCAUUUACAAGCUAAGAAGGAAAGCCUUAAAAGAGAGCGAGCGCAAUAUAACAAAGCUAUUAACAUAAUGAAACAGAAACUGCAUGACCUGUGUCAUGAUGUUUUCAGUAGGUUAAGAGAUGACCAAGGUAGGCCAGUCAAUCCAAACCAGUAUGCUCUUCAAUGCAACCAGGAUGGAAGUGUUCUGCUUGUACCUAAAGAACUGGUGACCUCAGGCCACACAAAGGAAAACCAGAAAGGAAAGAAAAAGUGA